GGCCAAUUCUGUAAACUUUGUCGCCAGACUGAGUCAAUAAAUUCACCUGUCACAGCUUUCUGCCUUCAGUCCAGGCUCAGAAAACUUCAAAUUCAGCAGCCAUGUCAUUAAAGGGAACACUUGCUUGGCUUUGCUCACUAGCAGUCUUGUCCUUCUCUGCAGCGCAAGAUGAAACUUUACUUCAGAAUUGCAACUUGCAAACUCUAUUGGCUGAUCUCAAGGUGGCGGUAGAGUGUGGUGAAAACCUGUCAUGGAGUGCACAGCAGGCCGCUGCACUACUGCUCUCCAUGAGGAAUCUGACAGAUACUCUGCAGCACCAGCUGAAAAGUAGGAGGAUGAGCCAGAGACAAUGUCAAGCUGCUGAGCCAAAGAAAUGCCCUGAAGCCGAAGUUCCAGACAACGGAGGGUUGGCAUGUGUCACAGUUGCCGACAAGCGCUACUGCAAACCUCUGUGCAAUUAUGGUUACGAUUUUGGUUUCAUCAGGAGGAGUCGUUUGUAUGAUGAAUGCAGUAAGCAGACAGGACAUAAAUGGGAUACCCAGUACAUAGGAGGAAACACGCUGGCUGUGUGCAACAAAGCAUCUAUUCAAGUUUCAGGAGCACAGACAGCGUAUUUUCCUAAGGAUCAGGACUGCCUAACAACCAUGAGCAGCAGCCAACUGCAGAACAGAACCAUUGAAGAUUUUCAUACGGAGCUGAAGAAUCAAGGCAUACAGGGAGAGCCACAGGAUGCCUGUCUUGUAUGUGGAUGACCAAGAGUUCGUAGAAACAAGUGUGGAAAAAGGCAUCGACUAUUUCAUUAAUGUUGUGGUGCGAAGGUGUGGUCCCUCUAAGUUGCACUGAGAAAUGAAGCAUUGCAAGUUAAAAACUGUUAAAAACUGCAUGAAAGUUUAACUGACUUCAAGUUUCAAGAAUAAAAGUAUUCUUGAACCUGA